AUGAAUGCAGCCAUAAUUUUCAAAUUUAUCGUUGUUUGGAAUUUAUAUCCAGAGGUGGUUGCCGUCAAUAUCUUGGAAUAUGAAGACGGAAUCAGUGGUCAAAUAACAUCACCGGGCUACCCUGGGAAUUAUCCUAAGAAUUCCAAUUAUACAUGGGUGAUAAGGACAGGGAGCCACUCAGCAAGCGUAGCCUUCAAAAUAAUUGAAAUGAAUAUCAAAGAAUGGAAUCCAUGCGAUGAUUAUUUGGAGAUAGAAGAAAUUGAACCUUGUUGCUUUCGCCUUUAUAAACGAUGUGGUCAUUACAAGAAUGACAGUUUUUUAGGACGAGGAGAGAAAAUCAGGAUAUCAUUCAUAUCAGACGAUCGCGAGAGCAAGAAAGACAGAGGAUUCCACCUCACUUGGAGAAUACAUCUACCACCAACAAAAGCAAUGCCGAAAACAAAAGUAACGACAAAGAAAAUGUUGGCAUCGAUGACAAAAAACAGAAUAAAAACAACUUCAAAGAAAAAGGAUAUCGAAACUACUACAUUGCAACAAAAAACCACAUCUCUUACUUCAUCUUACGCAAGUAGUACAAAGCAGGCAGUGCUCAUAUUAACAUCUGGGAAAACUGAAUCAACUACAGAAGACACAAGUGCAAACAAUGAUAUCUCACCCACCGCAAUUACAACACUUAAACCAGAUUUAUUAUCAACUGUGAAGAAUUCAGGUAGAACAACCAGUCCACCUAUGCCCUUUGAGCUACCAUCAUCUCUCUCUAUACAGUUUUCAACAACAAAGCGAACAACGCUUCAAAAUCAUUCGCGACCGCUUACAUUGGCAGCGACGACGAGAUCGUCUAGUGUUGAGCUGACAACAUUUGAUACCAAUACAACAAUUCAGACAGAAGACCAGGACACAUUUAACAUAAACACAGUGUACCUGAUCAUUGGCUCAGUUUUUUUUGAGUUCUUUCUUUUGCUGGUUGCAUGUGUCUGCAUUUAUAGAUGUCGUAAUAAAGGCAGACCAUUGCAGAAAAAACAAUUUCAGCAAAAGAGGGAUGAAGGAACCCGCAAUUUUGUCAAUGGCGAAUAUUGGAAAUCACUUCAUGUUUACGACACUAUCCCAGUAGAUGUUGUCUGUGGAUUAGAAACGUGUCCAGAAGAGACAAAUGGAGAUAUUGACGAGCAAUCAACAUUGUACGAUAAAUGCUGGAGGAGUGAGUACGAUAGGACACAGCCAGCAAUGGGCGAAGACAACAGAGACAAUGCACACACCUAUGAAACCUGUGAGCGAUUCUAUUUUACUCUGCAAAAAACACAUCCGAGUACUCCGCCUGCUACACCCACGCCAAUUCAACGAGAUUCCACAAACGUUUAUCACACUGUGGAUAAUUUAAGUUUACCAAAGUAAAAUACGUGCAUCAAAAUUACAAACAAAAUGUCUACAAGCGUUUUAUCGUUUUGUCGGAUGACAUUUUUGAAAGAUAUAAAAAUUGUGAUAUCUGUGUAUCAUUA